CGCUACACUCACCGCUCUCCGAAACAAGAAGGUCGAGUUAGCAGCGCUGUGACAGAGGAGAAACCAGAGGAUAAACCAGACAGAAAUCAUGCUGGGACAAGCUGUGAGGAGAUUCACAACCUCCGCCGUACGUUCUUCGCAUUAUGCCGAAGGACCCGGACAGAACCUGCCAUUCUCUGUGGAAAACAAGUGGCGCCUGCUGGGUAUGAUGGUGGUGUUCUUCGGCAGUGGCUUUGCAUUCCCCUUCAUCGUUGUCAGACAUCAAAUUCUGAAGAAGUAAAAUGGCUCUUCUUCAUCACAGAGGUGAUCAGCCGGAACAUAUUUAUCCAUCAGAGUUUUAUCCUUGCAACUAAAUGGAACCAGUUAAUUUUUCUUUGUAAAUAAAUGCCCUUAAAAUAUG